GCAGCUAUUUAUCGAUGCUUCUGACGCACCGUAAAUCAGGUUUAAACAAUACUGCACGACUCCCGAGGAACUGCGACAGAGGAAUGCUUACGAGCGAAGCGCUGAGAGGGACGCAGGUCAAUUGGUUUGGAAGAAUCAGGACAUUUAAGCAGAGGCGACAGCAAUUUUACGAAUUCGAAAAUAAUAUAGUUCUUUAGGGAAAAUGCGUAUAUAGCGCCUUUGGGCGCCCAGCUGUGAGGUUUGCUGUUAUACUCGCGUCUAAAGUGUUUUAAAACGGGUUGCUUCAGUAAAAUGCCCAGGUGUGCAAAUAGGUAUAAGGGCAGCCCUGGCCGGGAGAUGGAGGAGUGGAACCUGCCCCUGGGAACUCUGGGCAAUGGAGUCCUGCACCGUCUGGCUGACAUGCUGGACAAUCCCACUCGUGGCUGGAGGCAGCUGGCCACCGCUCUGACUGACCAGCCCCACCUGUGCUGCAGUGAGAAGGAACUGAUGAGCUGCUCUCUGCAAGUGCUCAGUGCCAAGGGCAGCCCCAGCCGUUACCUGCUGGCCCUGCUGGCUGACCGCUCCUGCUCGCUGGGCUGCCUGCUGCAGUGCCUGAAGAGAAUUGACCACCAGGAGGCUGUGCGCUACCUCACUGAGAAAGUGAUGGAACAGAUUCGGAUUCUGGUGCAGCCGCAGGCCCAGCGUGCGCCGGAGGGCGGGCGGGUGACCUUGACCUGCAAGGCCAGCGGCCCCCCGGGCUUGGCCUACCAGUGGUUCAGAGGAAAGGAAGAGGUGCCCAAUGGCAGCUCCCCAGAGCUGGUCAUCUGCCCCUUCAGCGCUGCCCAGCAGGGACACUACAUCUGCCGAGUCCACCAUGGAGAGAACUUCCUCUUCUCUGACUGGGCUCAGGUGCGCCUGGCCCAGAGCAGCAGCUCCAUCCCAGGGUCUCCAGCCAGUGGCUUCUUCCCCUCUGCUGUGAGCCUGCAAAUCACCACACAGCCUAAGCCCCUGGCGCUGUCUGAGGGAGACCCCUUGUGCCUGGAGUGCAUCGCCAAAGGCAACCCUCCACCACAGUACCAGUGGUACCACAACAAAGAGCCCAUUCGUCAGGCCCUCCAGCCCCGUCUGCAGAUCAGCUGUGUGACAACCGCAGACCGAGGCCAGUACAGCUGCAGAGUCUAUAAUACCUACCAUGAGCUGUGGAGUGACCGGGCCCAUGUGGAAAUAGGUCCUGGCUCGUUUACUGGCUCUUCCUGGGAUGAGAGAGAUGAAGGAUUUGUCCCAGACCUAACCAGACAGCUCAGUCGCUUCUAUGCCACAGACAAGGUGGCACUGCUGAUGGGCAACAUGAACUAUCACCACCACCGCCAGCUGCGGGCGCCCAUGGCCGACGUGCACGAGCUGACCAACCUGCUGCGUCAGCUCGACUUCAAGGUGGUCUCCCUGCUGGACCUGAACAGGCAGGAGAUGCAGAGUGCCGUCUCCGAGUUCCUGCUGCUGCUGGACAGAGGGGUCUACGGGCUGCUGUACUUUGCAGGCCACGGCUACGAGAACUAUGGGAACAGCUUCAUGGUGCCCAUCGACUCCCCGGCCACCUACACCUCCGAGCACUGCCUGUGGGUGCAGGACGUCCUGCAGCGCAUGCAGGAGCGCGAGACGGGCCUCAACGUCUUCCUGCUGGACAUGUGUCGCAAAAGGAACUUGAACGACGACAUCAUACCUCAGCCUGGGUCUUUGAAGGUGACGGCAAACAUUGUAUUUGGCUAUGCCACGUGUGUGGACGCUGAGGCCUACGAAGUGAAUAAAGGCUCCCUCUCCAAUGGCAUCUUUAUCAGCUUCCUUAAACAGCGCCUCCUAGAGGACGAGAAGGUCACGGUCAUGCUGGACAGAGUGGCUGAAGACAUGGGCCAGUGUGAGAUCACGCGGGGCAGACAGGCCCUGGAGCUGCGGAGUAACCUGUCCGAGAGACGGGCCCUCACUGACCGUAUCCGGACCUCUGACAGCCCCGAGGUGACGUCUGCGCGCAACCUGCAGUGGGCUAUCGCGCACGGUGAGAUCCCCAACCCAUCGUCCUUCUGCUAUGAAAUUAAGGCCACAAACACUGUGUUGUGUGUGUGUGUGUGGCAGGACCUGGAAGUGGAUUUGAAGAUGACCAAUCAGGAGAGCCCCCAGGACGCUGGCAGCCUGCUCUUCACAAUGGACAGCCUGCCUGCUACAGAGCCAGCCUGUCUGUACACACGGCUCAGCGCCCUGCAAAGACUGAAGAGGGACCUGACGUUCACAGUCUGCCUUCACUACCAGUAUUCCCACAUGGACGAGGAGGUCCAGGAGAGACAGCUGGUCACUGUUGGCAAACCGCUGGUAGCCAAACUCAACCUCCACGAGCCCCAGGCGCCCUGCUCUUCCUCCUUCUCCUCCAGCGACCUCCAGUGCCUCAGCCUCCCCGAGUCCACCUCCUUCUCAGAGCGCCUCGACUCAGGCAGCCUCACCAGCUUCCCUGCCUCCGAGACCUCCUCCCUGGGCUCGGCCUCCACCUGCUGGUCCUAUUACUCCCAUCCCGGGGACUUGACUGAGGUGGCGUCCCCCAGGAGAGUCAACCUGCCUGAGGAGACUCUCAGCCCCGAGUUCCUGGAUCUAGACGGGCCCAGGCCACUUUCUGCAAAUCCCCAAAGCCUGCCCCACGAACGCUUGACUGACGUCUCGUUUAGCUUCCGUAGCAAACAAAACUUCCACUCCUGUUAGUUUAUUUAAAAGUAACACAUUGCUGUGUGCACUUAGAUCCAUUUUUCUGGUGUUCAAUUUGUUGUGCAACGCGCCUUUUUAAACAACAAACUAUUUUGGCAUUUGUUUUCUGUUUUUUUAAGCUGCUAAAAUUUAAACGUUUAAAAACGAAACAACUUGUUUAGUAAUAUCUUUAAGUUACCAGGAAUAAUGCUGAACCAAAAUUAAUAAGGGCAUAAUGAUUAAUGUGCCUUUUUUAAAAAUAUGCUGUUUCAUAUGACUGUAUACCAACAUUUAAUGUAGGUUCACUGAUCAGAAUGGGAACUAUUAAUUUUUUGUAAUAUGCCUGAGAAACAAUCUUCUACAUAUGUAUUUUUUGUAUCUUUAAAACUGCUUUUUGUUUGUCUUUUUUUUUUCUUGGGCUCUGACAUUUUCUGUGGAAGUGCUCUUCCUCAGAAAAUGGGUGGCACGAUUUUUAAGGGGAAAAAAAUGCCCACCUGUCAUGACCUUUUGAUUAAUCAUGUCAUAGUCUGUGAAUUUCUGUUUCUUAAACACUUCCCGAGAAUAA